GAGAGUGCGAGUUCGCGCUCUGAGUGCAGGUUGUGGAGCUGAGACGUCCGGUCCUCAACUUCUAUGGGAGAGGUGCCCAGAGGAGGGCUGGGGACAGGAGGGGGAGCUCCUGCACGCCCAGAAAUCUGCAAACGAAACUCCCAGCGCCCGGAAUCGAGGCGCGCGUGACCGGCAGGCGCUAGGACCCAGGACGGCAGAAGGGCGGAGAGCCGCGCCCGGGAGCUCCUCGCUGCCCGCUCGCGGCCCCAGAAGCUGCCCCAGCGCUCGCAUGGCCCCAAGGACUUCCUCCCCGACGGCUCGGCGGCCCAGGCCGAGCGGCUGCGCCUGUGCCGGGAGGAGCUCUGGCAGCUGCUGGCCGAGGAGCGCGUGGAGCGCCUGGGCAGCUUGGUGGCCGCCGAGUGGAGACCGGAAGAGGGUUCCGUGGAGCUGAAGUCUCCUGCGGGUAAAUUCUGGCAGACCAUGGGCUUUUCAGAGCAGGGCCGGCAGCGGCUUCACCCCGAAGAGGCACUGUAUCUGCUGGAGUGUGGCUCUAUCCAGCUCUUCCACCAAGACCUGCCACUGUCCAUCCAGGAAGCCUACCAGCUGCUGCUGACCGAGGACACCGUCACUUUGUUGCAGUACCAGGUCUUCAGCCACCUGAAGAGACUGGGUUAUGUGGUUCGACGAUUCCAACCAAGCUGUGUCCUGUCCCCUUAUGAGAGGCAGCUUAACCUGGAUGGCAGCACCCAGUGCCUGGAGGAUAGGGAUGGCAAGAGGAAGAGGAGGGGCUCCAGCUCUCGGUCCAUUAAUAAGAAGGCCAAGGCCCUGGAGAACUCCCUGCAACCAGAGAGUCUGGCAACUUCCAGCCCACCUCCCUGCCGAUGCCCAGAAGAGAAACCCCAGCUUUUGGAGUCCCUGGGGCCCUGCCCUGGCCUGGCCAGGGAGGGUGCAGGGUGCAGCUGGGAGAGUGGCCAAGUAGGGAAUGGAGUCCAGGGGGCUCGGAAGCUGCGCUGGAACUUUGAGCAGAUCUCCUUCCCCAACAUGGCUUCCGAUAGCCGCCACACCCUCCUGCUUGCCCCAGCCCCAGAGCUGCUCCCGGCCAACGUGGCUGGGCGGGAGACAGACGCCGAGUCCUGGUGCCAGAAGCUGAACCAGCGGAAGGAGAAGCUAUCCAGGCGGGAACAGGAGCAACAGGCAGAGGCCAGGCACUUCCAGGAGGACAUAAAUGCAGACCCUGAGGUGCGGCGCUGCUCCAGCUGGCAGGAGUACAAGGAGCUGCUGCAGAGGCGGCACCUGCAGAGGAGCCAGAACCUCCCCACACACCUGUGGGGCCAGCCUGUCACGCCCUUACUGAAGCCCGGCCAGGCAGCCUCUCCAGCCAUGGUCCUUCAGCAUAUCUCUGUGCUGCAGACAACACACCUUGCCGAUGGAGGUGCCCGACUGCUGGAAAGGUCUGAGGGCUUGGGAAUCAGCUUUGAUGUUUACCAGGCUGACGCUGUGGCCACCUUCCGAAAGAAUAACCCUGGCAAACCUUAUGCCCGGAUGUGCAUUAGUGGAUUUGAUGAGCCUGUGCCAGACCUCUGCAGCCUCAAGCGGUUGUCCUACCAGAGCGGUGAUGUUCCUCUGAUCUUUGCCCUGGUGGAUCAUGGCGACAUCUCCUUCUACAGCUUCAGGGACUUCACAUUGCCCAGGGAUCUGGAGCACUGACCACACAGCUCUGUGGGGGAUGGAGCUUGCUCUGGGGAACCUGGACUGUCUGUUCUCAGGGACCACCUCAGCUGCCUCCUGUACCUGGACUCUGACCUGUAACUGCAGCAGCAAGUCUAGGCCUUGGCCCUGGGUGUCUCAUACUUGCAAGAAAGUCAAACUGUGCUCCAAGCCUUCCCUGGCCACUGCAGCACUUCCAAGCCCGGGGCCUGAGAUUGCUGCCUUGCAGUGACUCCUUUGGAACUCAGGACUAGAUUUUAGAGACCCAGGAAGUGGGGCAGAAGAGAGGACUCUGUGCCUUUAACGAGAGGGUGCCUGCUUCGUGCCAUAAAGCCAAAGCCAUUAAAAAUAGAUCUCUGUUCUG